AUGGAGUAGAUAUAAUAAUCCAUAAGCAACAUUUGUUGUAAAUAUAAUAUCGAUUAUUAGUUGUUGGAUAUAGAUUCAUCACAGCAAUUAUACCCAUGUGUGGGUGUUUAUUGUGCAUCUAAAAUAAAAUUAUUAAAUAAUAAUAUACCAGUUUGAUGAUGAAUAAUAUAAAAGAUAUAAACAAAUAUUAUUUUAUAAUCCUAAAUCAUUAAAUAUAAGAAGUUUACUGGUUGUAUUUUGAAUAAAAGGAUAUUUUAGAUAUGAAUGCAAUUGGUUUGGACCACUUUAAAUAAUUUUAUAAGACUGCCUAAAAUAAAGAAGUCUUCAGAGGAAUAGAUAAAUAUUCCAUAUAAACCUAUUUUUGA